GUACUCAAGGAGAAAAGAGAGGUGGACAUUGCUGUCUUCUCUGAGUUGUAUCGUAAAUUGGCCUCACAAGUAAGAGCUUUAUAUAUUGUAAAUAAAUUUUGAUAUGUUACUUCUCAUCUAACCACAUCCUAACCCAUGUCUUAUCCCCCGGCCUGCCCAAUCGAUGAAAUUCGAUAACCAAUAAAAUCAAUUAUAGUAACGGAUUUUAAUCAAUAGUGACUAAUUGAUUGAUGUUCACUUUUUGGAAAUUGAUGAAAAUCAAAGAUUGAACGAGCUGUGAGUAUCAAUUUUCAUCAAUUAUAUUGCUUGUCAGUGGUCGUUUAAUGAUUUCAGAUAUGUUUAAGCUAGGCACUCAUAGUAAUUGAAAGUCUUACCUACUGUCAUUUUUCUCUUCCUUAAAAGUCUAAUCCAUUGAAACCCAUGUAAGACUUCAGUAAGACUGACUCAAGUCCAUGCAAACGGAUGCGUAACGUAUCUGCUUAUACCCUUAUGCUAUUAAGACGACUUGGAUUGUGAGUAUUAUCAGUAUUAAUUGAUUAAUAAUAUUAUUAUUGAAUAUAUUGAUUGGUUUUCGAUGAUCGAUUUUCAUUGAUUGGGCAUGCUGGGCUUAUCUGAAGUUUAAAAAUGUGGGGUUUUUGAGUAGAGGGGUCAGGACCAGCCACUGGUCAUCAAUAUCCAAAAACUCAUGAAAUCCAUAUAAAACUAACAAAACUGAAAUGAUUGACAAUGUAAUAACAGUGAUCAACGGAACCCAGAGCACAUUGGUGGGAGUGAGUGCUUUCACCAGUAAAAAUUUUCUUUGUCAAAGGAAACUGGUAUUUUUAACUGUCGUUUACAUCAAUAAUCUCUUUAAUUUAUAUUUGAAUUUCAGCCAGUUCUUAAAAACAGAUGGGCAAUUCUUUAUUUUUUGUUGAGUGUCAGCGAAAGCUCAGGGGCAGAUCAUUCACAUGGUCAGGUAAGUAACAAAAGAGAGGUCAAGGAUAAAACACUGCUGUUUUCUUUUUCUUACAAUAGUCAGCUCAAACCAUCCAUUAUAAUAUAUCAAACCGUUCAUCCUACACCUGCUUUACCCAACAAAAUACUGUAAACACCCGCAUGUGAGAGAUUGGUGGUUUCAAGAACCUGCUGCCAGAUAUUUGCCGUUUUAAUACCCAAAAAUAUAAAAGAAGCUGUUUAGCCCAGCAAGAUCAUGUUCUUAUAAAAUUAAUUAUGUGGGUUACAGUGUUACAUCACUCAUGUAAAUUAUGUUAAACAUUUUAACCAAGGAGUUUGACCUUGAUGUUCUGUACCAAACUUUAAUACAAAUAAAAGUAUUUAUUUACUGUAAAUUUUCCUUUAACAAAAAAAAAGAAAUUCCAUACAUGCAAUUCCAGGGUGCAAAGAAAGCCAUUUUUACAGCUUGUCAUUCGGGCAAGCUGAAGCUAACACUUACUAGCCCAAAUAUCAUUUCAACUAGCCCACAAAACGUUUUGAUGAGCAGAUUGAUUUCACAGUUCUUCUGUAAUUUGAAUUCCUCAAAAAAAUUCACUUGCCCAUCGGGCAAGUUAAUAACAGAAUUCACUAGCCCGAUAGCAAAAUCCACUAGCCCCGGGCUAUCGUACACUACUUUCUUUGCACGCUGAAUUCACAGAGUGAUAGUGGACAAAAGUUGCAGGAACUUUUUUAUUGCCAUAUUAUGCUAACUGUGAUGAUCCAACAGGCUGGUGAAGUUUAUGUCGCUUUCUUCUUAGGCUGCCGGGGCUGCAUCCUUCUUUGGUCAAGGGCUACCUACAUACCUGACGUCUACACCUGCAGUUUCUACACAGGCAUCCCAGCGUCCUUCUAGUCACACGCCUGGUGUUCUUUCGAUGACUCAUGCAACUGAAAGCAGCUCGGGUGUCAGCAGUGUAGCGUCCAGAUCCUUAGAUCCCACUCCUACCCCCGCGUCAUUUGCCCCAAAUUAUGGGCCAACACCAUCAGUUCAUUUUGCUGAUGAAGUCUUAAUGCAGGAAGGAAGUGAUGGAUCUCGCUUGGCUACACUUGUGGCACAGUCAUUAAGUGUGUCCCAAAACAGGUUACCAACUUCUGGACAGUCAUCAGCAUUGCCAUCUGCAGUGCGAUUUAUGAAUUAUGGAUAUGACACACAGAAUAGUAAGUUGUUAUACCAAUAAUCCAGACAAAGCUUCAAUUACACGGUACCUUUUCAGAAAAUGUAAACAGGCCUUUUGACCACACUGCAAACAUGCUAGCCUUAGUUUUUCAAGAGCCAAUGGUUAGAAAAGUUUAUCCAGUAGAUAAGUUUUGGGGGAACUGUCCACUGGAUUUCGGGAUAGAGAUUUAUCCAGUGGAUCACUCCAUUCACAUUUUGAACAACUGGUGCCAGAUGAAUAAAAACUUCCUUGUAGGCAGUACAUGUACAGCUGUCAUGAAAUUCUGGCAGUUUACUUUCCUUUGCUCAAUGGUGCAGAGAUGGGUGGGUCAGUUAGAGGGGAGGAAAAUAUUGUUGUUUCUCAUCUUCUUUCUCUUGAUCAUUCACAGGAAGGUUAUAAUGAUGGGGUGCUUGAAAUAAAGGCCCAAGUGGUAGACUGGGCACCCAACCACUGUUUUCUUUAAAUAUCUGUUCAAAGAAGCAACUAUUGCCUGGUUUUUUUUAUUACUUGAGGAUGGCUAAAAAUUUCUAGAUGAUUGUUCCAUUCGUGUACAAUUUUUGAAGCUUAUUGUAAUAAAUUCCCUUCAAUUUUCUGAAGUCUGUCUCAGUUAAGAUCAUUUUGUCAUUGGGCAGUGACAUUAAGCCUCUGGCUUUGUCUCCUUCAUCCUUCUUUCAUUAGUCAAAUCGAAGUGGACAUAAAAGAACCAAAACUACUGUUUCAAAAGAGUAGGGGAAGUUUCCUCGAGGGUGUGGUCUACCUUUCACUCAUCACACAUCAUUCAUAUAUCAUGGGCUAUGGGUGGGUUACAGUAAGCUCAUAAAUGUACGUUGGCUGCCAGUGGCGCCCUUGUAUGCUAAUGUCUGAGCUUACUGUUAACAUGUCAAUAUAUAAUGUCAAGAGGGCAUGUCUUGUUGUCCUCUAAUCCACAACAUUACACAUUACACCUAUUAGUGUUGUUUUCUUGAUCUGGAUCAUACAGUAAGUUACUAAUAGAGAUCCUAAUUUUCCUCUUGAUCAUGGCCCUUGCCAGUGCACUUUGUACUAACCUUGAUUUUGAACCAUAAAUAUCAGGGGGAAAAAACUUAUGAGGUACAUAUGUUUGUGCUGUAGAUCUUACGUGCUCAGACAAAACUACAAUCAUGUAGAACACACUUUUUUGCUUUCAGCUUCAUAUGAGAUUUCUGAAGCUGCUCUACUCCGAGAUAUUAUUUACAUCUUCCAAGGAAUUGAGGGAAAAGUAAUCAAGUUUGACCAAGCCAAUGAUGCUUAUCGCAUUGAUCCCAAACUUGGAGUUCCCAAGCCUGUCCGGGAACUUGUUCACAAGGUGGCUGAGCUGGGCUGGCUGUAUCGCAAAAUACGGAAAUACUUAGAUGCACAUGCAGGUAUUUGUAUGGAAUUUUUACAUUUGUACUCUAUAUAACCCCUGAAAAUCCCAAAUAUGUUAAAAACCCUGUGUGUACAGUGUGUCAAGAGUGUGAAGAGGCUCUCUUUGCAAGGUAAAUUUAUUACAGCUUUUGUGAAUUAGAGCUAGGAGACAGAAGAAAUUGAGAUUCAACCUACAUGUAGCUUAAAAAAUUUUAACCUCAAUUUAAUUUUGACCUGUAACAAUUACAUUUGUGUCCCUAGUCUUAAUUUGAUGACCCAUCAUUUCACAUUUUGAGGAUGAGGCCAAUGUUCCUCUUUGUAUUUUUACUAUUCAAAUCAAAUCAAAUCAAAUCCUUUAUUUAGACAUGUAACACCCAGGAGCACCAAAGUUAAAACAUGUACAUGUAUUGUAUUUGCACUUGUCUUCUUCACUGUUGGAGUUUCACCCUCACAGGCCCUCUGCAACAUUAUUUCUACCCACAGGAGACAAGGCAAUGGGAUUGGUAGGACAGAGUUUUUGCGCUGCUCUGCAGCAGGAGCUCACUGAAUACUACAGGCUGUUAGCUGUGCUGGAAGGCCAACAUCAAGUUGGUGAUGCAGGAAUUGUUGGAGAGGGAGCAAGUGGAAGUUUGACACUACGGAGAUUGAUGGUGUGGACAUAUGAUCCAAUGAUGAGGUUAAGGACCCUUGCUGCAUUGGUUGAUGCUUGCAAAGGUACAGUGAUUACUCAAUAGCACAAUACUGUGAGUGGAAAGCAGAAAUUGUGAAUUUGGGACUUGAACUUCUAUCAAAUGGAAGGAAUAAUAAGUGACAGUGCAGUGAAUUGUCAAAAUGACAUUGACAAUGGUUCUAGUACAUUAAUUUUUGUAAGUGUUUUUAUACUUUUUAUACUACUAUAUGAGAAAUUUCUGCAAUCUGAUUGGCUUAGAGCAGUGGUAUUUCAGCUUAAUUUGAAGUACCUACAUGUGAAAAUUACAAACCUUUUGCGGGUAGUAGUAUAAACAAAUAAUAGCAUGAUUUGUACAUGAUAUUUGGCAUAAAUACCAUUCGUGAUAUUUCAAAAUUGUCUCAACUUUCACUUGCUUAACGGCUCGUAAAAUUACGUAUAACAAUUUUGAAAUAUCACUUGUGUUAUGUAUGCCAAAUAUCACUACAAAUCAUGCUAUUACCUAUACAAAUCUUAUUUGGAGGGCAUGCUUUCUGAGGCUAAGAGUAGUAGUCAAAACAGUUUUGAUUUAGUGCAGAGAAUUUUCGCAAAUACACAUGCACAACAGUGUUUGAAAAUAUUCACAGGCCCAAAACUUAAUCUUUAAAUUCCCCUAGGUACUGAUCCACUGGUUAACCAUUUGCACCUUUAUAUCUACAUCCAUAUUCUCCUCACUCCAUAUGUAUUCAUUUUCUGAGGUACCAGUGAGGAGAAUUUGUUAAACAAUCAGAAUUUAGACACAGACAGAGAGAGACAUAUAUGUUAUUUAUUAUAUGGAGGAGAGUGUUUUACUGGGAACUAAACCACUCGUAGAUUCCAUACGCCACUUCAUCCGGGACCCGAGUGGCGUAUUUUCCGUAUGUCACCUUUGUGAGUGUCGUAUCGUUCAAUGACGUCACGAUUCCCGCCUUUUGCUUUUGUUGAAUUGGUUUCUCCAUAUAAUAAAAAGAACAUUACACGUUGGCUCGAAGAUAUGAAUUUUAUGUUCUUGUGGCAAGAACAAUAUCUCACUCGUUCGCUUCGCUCACUCGUGAGAUAUUGUUCUUGCCACUCGAACAUAAAAUUCAUAUCUUCUCGCCACCAUGUAAUAUCCUCUAUUUAUUUCAACACUAGUAGCCUAAGAAGUAUGGCUUGUUACAAUGCCCUUGAAAAAAAAACAAGGUCCAAAAAAUUAAUAAUUCAAUACAAUAGACAAAAACAAUUAAUAAAAAUAAAAAUGAAAAAUUAGGAUUUGUUUGUUGAUGAUCAUUUCUGUCAUUCUUGAGAGCAUUAUCUUUAAUUAACAAUUACUAUGAUAAUAUAACUUAGGAAGGGUUAAAUUCUAAUCAUCCUUACGGUUUAAAUGGUUUUGUUAUUGUCAAAUCUAUUGAUUAAUAAUUGUCUUUUUAAUACAGGAAAGAAAGGAGGAGCUUUGUUGUCUGCUCUUCAUUCUAACAUGCAGCAUGGGGAUCCCUUUGUCAAGUCUCUUGUCAGGCAUAUUCUUAAUCUGGUAAGAACUGCUAGUGGCAAAAGUGCUGUCUGAUAUACCGGGGCUUAAGGAAUUACCCAUCAGGCUAGCAUUACAAGUUGUCUGAUAGGCAAGCAACAUUUGCAGGAGUAAAGUUAAUGUUAGUGAAAUUCAAAAGGGGGGUUGGUAGGCCUGUGUAAGAGGAAAGCAAAUUUUUUUUCUAAAAAUAAUACCAACAUUUUCUCACUGAAAGUUACUAACUGUUUGUUCAAAUUUGGAAUCUUUCAUCAACUCUUUACAUUUUGAAUUGGUGGUAACGGGACGUUCAACCAUAUUAAGUGAGACGUUAUUAUUAUUGUUAUAAUAAUUAUUUCAUUAUCAUUAUUACUUUUAUUAUAAUUAUGUAGUACAUGUUUAUCCUGUAAUUUCCUAUCACAGGUUGCUCGUCCAAUCCGUGUCAUUCUUGAUAGAUGGAUUUAUGAAGGGGAACUUGAUGAUUUGUACAACGAGGUAAGGUCGUUAUGUAAAAGCUACUCAAAAGGAUUUCUUUGCCUUCUUGGGUUGGUAACCCAGCUACACCUUGUAUGUUAUAGUUAAUUUUGUGUUCAUAUUACAGGGCAGUGCAUGCAACUAUUUGUUGGUAAAUCAUGCUCAUCAGCCUAUAACCUUUUUUGUAACAACACCUUACCUUACUUAUUGGUAUAUAAUAUUGAGAUGCAAGGCAACAUAUCAUCUUUCCAUCACUGAUUUUAAAUGUUACAGAUGGAUUCACAUGGAAAAGCCCAUUUUUACUGGUAUUAAUCUUUCCCGUUAUAUGUUACACUUUCAGUUUUUUGUUGCUGUGGAUUAUGACACUAAAUAUGAUCGUCUGUGGUAUGAGAAAUACAGUAUCAGGAAACCCAUGCUGCCAUCAUUCAUCUCCAUGGAACUUGGCACUAAGGUAUCGCUAAUAGUAGAUAGAUAGACUGUUGUGGAUUCAUAUGACAGUGCUGAUUUCUUCUAUACUCUAGCCAGAAAUAGGUGCUCUGAAACCCAUACAUGUGCAGUGUAGCCUGUAAGGAAUUAUGGAAUAGUUACUAAAACGGGGAACUAGCCAAAAUAACCGACAAUGAUCAACAACAACCCAAAGUGACCCACAAUGACAAGCACUAAGACCCACAACCAGGGUUGUCAAAAAAAUUUUAUAUCACUUGGAAUAUGUUUCCCAGGUGGGGGAACACAUAUCACUACGGAUAUAUCUUUCCCAAGUAGAGGAACACAUAUCACUAGGGAUACGUGUUUCCCAGGUGGGGGAACACAUAUCACUAGGGAUAUGUCUUUCCCAGUUGGGGGAACUCAUAUCACUAGGGAUUUGUGUUUCCCAGCUGAGGGAACAAAUAUCACAAGGGAUACGUGUUUCCCAGGUUGGGGAACACAUAUCACUAGGGAUAUGUGAUUCCCAAGUAGGGGAACACAUAUCACUAGGGAUACAUGUUUCCCAGGUAAGGGAACACAUAUCACUAGGGAUACGUGUUUCCCAGGUGGGGCAACACAUAUCACUAGGGAUACGUGUUUCCCAGGUAAGGGAACACAUAUAACUACGGAUAUGUGUUUCCCAGGUGGGAGAACACAUAUCGCUAGGGAUACAUGUCUCCCAGGUGGAGAAACACAUAUCACUAGGAAUAUGUGUUUCCCAGGUGGGGGAACACAUAUCAUUAGGGAUAUGUGUUUCCCAGGUAGGGAAACACAUAUCACUAGGGAUAUGUGUUUCCCAGGUGGGGGAACACAUAUCACUAAAGAUAUGUGUUUCCCAGGUAGAGGAACACAUAUCCCUAUGGAUAUAUAUAUUUCCUAGGGAGCGUAACACAUAUCGCUAGGGAUACGUGUUUCCCAGGUGGGGGCCCACAUAUCACUAGGGAUAUGUGCUUCCCACUUGGGGGAACCCAUCUCACUAGGGAUAUGUGUUUCCCAGAUAGGGGAACACAUGUCACUAGGGAUAUGUGUUUCCCAGGUGGGGGAACACAUUUCACUAGGGAUACGUGUUUCCCAGGUAGGGGAACACAUAUCACUAGAGAUACGUGUUUCCCAGGUAGGGGAACACAUAUCACUAGAGAUACGGGUUUCCAAGGUGGGGGAACACAUAUCACUAGGGGUACGUGUUUCCCAGGUAGGGGAACACAUAUGACUAGGUGUACAUGUUUCCCUGUUGGGGGAACACUUAUCACUAGGGAUUUGUGUUUCCCUGGUAGGGGAACACAUAUCACUAGGGGUAUGUGUUUCCCAGGUGGGGGAACACAUAUCACUAGGGAUAUGUGUUUCCCAGGUGGGGGAACACAUAUCACUAGGGAUACGUGUUUCCCAGGUAGGGAAACACAUAUCACUAGGGAUACGUGUUUCCCAAGUGGGGGAACACAUAUCACUAGGGAUACGUGUUUCCCAGGUGAGGAAACACAUAUUACUAGGGAUAUGUGUUUCCCAGGUGGGGGAACACAUAUCACUAGGGAUACGUGUUUCCCAGGUAGGGAAACACAUAUCACUAGGGAUACGUGUUUCCCAAGUGGGGGAACACAUAUCACUAGGGAUACGUGUUUCCCAGGUGAGGAAACACAUAUUACUAGGGAUAUGUGUUUCCCAGGUGGGGGAACACAUAUCACUAGGGAUACGUGUUUCCCAGGUAGGGAAACACAUAUCACUAGGGAUACGUGUUUCCCAAGUGGGGGAACACAUAUCACUAGGGAUACGUGUUUCCCAGGUGAGGAAACACAUAUUACUAGGGAUAUGUGUUUCCCAGGUGGGGGAACACAUAUCACUAGGGAUACGUGUUUCCCAGGUAGGGAAACACAUAUCACUAGGGAUACGUGUUUCCCAAGUGGGGGAACACAUAUCACUAGGGAUACGUGUUUCCCAGGUGAGGAAACACAUAUUACUAGGGAUAUGUGUUUCCCAGGUGGGGGAACACAUAUCACUAGGGAUAUGUGUUUCCCAGGUGGGGGAACACAUAUCACUAGGGAUAUGUGUUUCCCAGGUGGGGGAACACAUAUCACUAGGGAUAUGUGUUUCCCAGGUAUGGGAACACAUAUCCCUACGGAUAUAUAUUUCCCAGGGAGGGGAACACAUAUCACUAAGGAUGCGUGUAUCCCAGGUAGGGGAACACAUAUCACCAGAGAUAUGUGUUUCCCAGGUAGGGGAACACAUGACUAGGUGUACGUGUGUCCCUGUUGGGGGAACAUAUAUCACUAGGGAUGUGUGUUUCCCUGGUAGGGGAACACAUAUCACUAGGGAUACGUGUUUCCCAGGUAGGGGAACACAUAUCACUAGAGAUACGGGUUUCCAAGGUGGGGGAACACAUAUCACUAGGGAUACUUGUUUCCCAGGUAGGGGAACACAUAUGACUAGGUGUACGUGUUUCCCUGUUGGGGGAACACAUAUCACUAGGAUAUGUGUUUCUCUCGUAGGGGAACACAUAUCACUAGGGGUAUGUGUUUCCCAGGUGGGGGAACACAUAUCACUAGGGAUAUGUGUUUCCCAGGUAGGGGAACACAUAUCACUAGGGAUACAUGUUUCCCAGGUGGGAAAACACAUAUCACUAGGGAUAUGUGUUUCCCAGGUGGGGGAACACAUAUCACUACGGAUACGUGUUUCCCUGUUGGGGGAACACAUAUCACUAGGGAUUUGUGUUUCCCUGGUAGGGGAACACAUAUCACUAGGGAUUUGUGUUUCCCUGGUAGGGGAAAACAUAUCACUAGGGAUAUGUGUUUCCCAAGUGGGGGAACACAUAUCAUUAGGGAUACUUGUUUUCUAGGUAGAGGAACACAUAUCACUAGGGAUAUGUGUUUUCCAGGUGGGGGAACACAUAUCCCUAUGGAUAUAUAUUUCGCUGUGAGGGGAACACAUAUUACUAAGGAUACGUGUUUCCCAGGUGGGGGAACACAUAUCACUAAGGAUAUGUGUUUCCCACGUGGGGGAGAACAUAUCACUAGGAAUAUGUGUUUUCCAGGUAGGGGAACACAUAUCACUAGAGAUAUUUGUUUCCCAGGUAGGGGAACACAUAUGACUAGGGGUACGUGUUUCACUGUUGGGGGAACACAUAUCGCUAGGGAUUUGUUUUUCCCUGGUAGGGGAACACAUAUCACUAGGGAUUUGUGUUUCCCAGGUGGGGGAACACAUAUCACUAGGGAUACUUGUUUCCCAGGUAGGGGAACACAUAUCACUAGAGAUACGGGUUUUCCAGGUGGGGGAACAGAUAUCACUAGGGAUUUGUGUUUCCCUGGUGGGGGAACACAUAUCACUAGGGAUAUGUGUUUCCCAGGUGGGAGAACACAUAUCACUAGAGAUAUGUGUUUCCCGGGUAGGGGAACACAUAUGACUAGGAAUAUGUUUUUCGCUGGUGGGGGAACACCUAUUACUAGGGAUAUUUGUUUUCCAGAUAGGAGAACGCAUAUCAGUAGGGUAUGUGUUUCCCAGGUUACAUUCGGCCAAAGCCUUAAAGUAGCCGGUGAUAAUGCCGGUUGCCGGCGCAUUUUGAGAACCCUGCACAAUGACCCAAAAUGAGACAAAACACGUCCCAUCUUCCUGGAAACGUCAUAUAAAAUUGAUUUUGCUUUUUUUCUGAGUCUUCUGUUUCUUAGUGUUGGUUGUUUUGAAUUUUUGUGUUGAUCAGUGUGGGUCGUUGUCGAUCGUAAUGGGUUGUUUUGGCUGGUUCCUCAUUUUUAUAGUAACUACAGCUGUACAUGUACAUGAAGUAUGGAUGUCCUUGCGACCGAUUUUAACUUGCAUCUUCACACGAAUGAACCAACACAGCAAAACCACAAUCGGUGACAAAAUUAGUUGAGACAUUUUGCCCAAACGGGGCUUUUUGACGUUUUGCCAACUUUAAAAUUUGAAAAUAAAGCUUUUCCUUUCCCAUCCCCUCCAUGCAAUGUUGUGUGGCACUGUUCGAGCUACCUGCAGAAUACAAAAAACACCCCAACUUUGAAUGGAGGGGAGGAGGUAGGGGUGUGGAUUUCUUUGUUCCCUGAAAGUUACCCUACUUUAGCAUAAUGUCUCAACAAUUUUGUUUCUGAUUGGACAUAAACAAAAAGAAAUAUGGAAACCCAAAAAGGCACUUUUCUUUUUGAUGAGUAGUGAUAAUUGUCCUUCUCCAAGUAUAUUAAUUAGGCAACACCUUCAAAUUUCACGAGAAAAAUGAUUUUAAAAGCUAGUUAAAACCAUAUAAAUCGUAAAGUUUUCGCAUUGCACUUAUUGUUUUCUGUGGAGAAUGUUGUUGCUUGUGUUUGCUUUUCUUGAAAUGAUUUUAGUUUUGGUGUAAAAUUUUUAACAGAUUUUAAACAUUGGAAAAUCCAUCAACUUUAUUCGACAUGUUUGUCAAGAUCGUAGCCCCAUCAGAGGAGGAGAGGAGAAGGCAUUAGAUUAUAACAAGUCACAGGAGGCAUCAGGUAAAAUGUAGAAGACAGUUCCUAAACCUGUUUUAGUUUGUCAAUGCAUAGCCAUACAAACUUAUUAACUUAUGAACUGUGUCCCCAAGAGAGCAACAAUAAUUUUUAUAAUCAACAGUGGACCAUUUGAGGAGCAGAAACAUAAGCGUACGUGCCAUGCAAUAAUAGAGANUUUUCUGUGGAGAAUGUUGUUGCUUGUGUUUGCUUUUCUUGAAAUGAUUUUAGUUUUGGUGUAAAAUUUUUAACAGAUUUUAAACAUUGGAAAAUCCAUCAACUUUAUUCGACAUGUUUGUCAAGAUCGUAGCCCCAUCAGAGGAGGAGAGGAGAAGGCAUUAGAUUAUAACAAGUCACAGGAGGCAUCAGGUAAAAUGUAGAAGACAGUUCCUAAACCUGUUUUAGUUUGUCAAUGCAUAGCCAUACAAACUUAUUAACUUAUGAACUGUGUCCCCAAGAGAGCAACAAUAAUUUUUAUAAUCAACAGUGGACCAUUUGAGGAGCAGAAACAUAAGCGUACGUGCCAUGCAAUAAUAGAGAUGAACUUGUUGCAUCUCAAAAUUGCAGGUGGGAACAGUUGGUAAGUUUACAGUACAGACCAUGGAAAAGUAUUUCCGAUUUGUUAAUAUGAUCCAUUUAUUAUAAUUUUUCAGCUGCAGCUCAGUUAACAGCUGAUGAAGAGUUUGGAGGAGCAGCUCUUCAGGAAACAGUCGAUAUAGCCUAUAGAGAAACAAGCAAGAGGCUACUGGAGAUUUUCUUCUCUAAAUACAAGUUCCUUGAUCAUUUGAGGGUAAGAAAUGUCUUGAGACCAUUCUUCAAUUAAUUUUCCAGUGUUGUUGUUGUGGCGUUGGUGGUGGUGGUGGUGAGUCAGAUUAUAGUUCUUGGACCAACCCCUCUUGAUUAUUUGUCACAACGAUAAAGAGUGCUUUACCUCUCAGAUAGUUCAUAAAAUCUUCUAUGUUGAUUUUACCUUCUAUUCUUCUGGUAUUCUCUUUUGCUCUAUCUCCGAAUCUGACGCUUGAGUAGACUCGCAGUCAUGUUAAAUAUUAAGUAGAGCUGUCUGUUUGUCCAAAGGAGCAAUCUUAUUCUUGACUACUUCUCUAUUUUAUUCAUUUAUAUUUUCAUCUAUUUAUUUAUUUAUCUGUUAAUUUAUUAAUUCUAAAUCUAAAUAGAUUAUCCACCAAUGGGAAUACCCAUCACUGUUAAUUAUUAAUUUGUUUAUAUAUAUAUUUAAUUUGAUAGGCAUUGCGAUUGUAUCUUCUUCUUGGCCAAGGGGACUUUAUCAGGCAUCUUAUGGACCUGCUUGAGUAAGUUGAUGUGAAUUGCAUCAGCUUAAAAUACAUGAAUGUUAAUUUUGCUUUCUUAUCCUGUUGACAGUGCUUCAAUGUUAAGCCACAAGGGUGCAUGAUCCGUAAGUGGAUUCAGAGCCGGUCCAAGAGCGCCCCCAACCCUCUCCCCCCUCACACUAAAAUGUAGAUCCUUGAUUUAUGGAAACAGAAAUGCUCUCAUGGUUUUUGAGUCUAUCAAUACAUAAUUGCAUAUUGCAAAGCAUAUUCAGCAUUAUUGAUUAAUCAUUAUGCAUGUAUUGUCCCGUUUUAUUUUUAACUGCAUAUUGCAAAAUUAAGAAUAAACGGGACAAUGAUACAAAGAAAAGAAGAAGAGGAAGUGGGGUUCCUAACGACAGUAUUAUGUUUUCGUGGCUGGUCACCCAUCCAGUUCCUAACCCUGCGCAUCAGGGAAUAUCUUAAGUGGUGCUACGAACACUGAGUUUCUCGAUGGUUUGUGAGACACGCCAGAUUUCCAUUAUCUAUAUAGCUGGCACCUGUCCCAGCCCUCUCUGGACAUAUCCCUAGUAGCUUCAGUGUUUGUACUGACAAUUUAUCUGCUGUGUGCUCAAGGAAACUGUUGAUGCAAAAAACUUCUAAUUGCCAUUUUUCAGCCAUUUUAUUUGGAACCUUCUUCAUUGAGCAAGUUUAGCCGUCUAAUACUGCCACCUCUUAUUGCUCCCAGCCAAUUUCGUUUAUGUAAACACUCACUCAAUAUGUCGAGCUCCUUUGUGUUCACUUCAGUAACUAACCAUUCUUGUUGUUGUGGUGUAGGUCUGAUCUCGCCAAGGCAGCCAGUACACUGUACAUGCACAACUUAACUGGUGUGUUGGAGACUGCAAUCAGGGCCACUAACGCUCAGUAUGCUGACCCAGAGAUCAUUGAACGAUUAGACUGCAGACUACUUGAGGUAUAG